CUAGGUCUGAGGUGGGAGGGCACGGUACACAACGGUGCCCAUGUCAUCCCAGCGCUCUAGCCUGAUGCAGCCAACCCCAGAGGAGACCCGCAAGACCCCUUCUGCGGCAGCAGAGGAUACACGGUGGUCCAGGCCUGAAUGCCAGGCCUGGACAGGAAUCCUGCUCCUGGGCACCUGCCUGCUGUACUGCGCCCGUGUCACCAUGCCCGUCUGUACUGCCGCCAUGAGCCAGGACUUCGGCUGGAACAAGAAGGAGGCUGGUAUCGUGCUCAGCAGCUUCUUCUGGGGCUACUGCCUGACUCAGGUGGUGGGCGGCCACCUUGGGGAUCGCAUCGGAGGUGAGAAGGUCAUCUUGCUGUCAGCCUCCGCCUGGGGCUUCAUUACUGUUACCACGCCACUGCUUGCGCACCUUGGCAGCGGCCACUUGGCCUUCCUGACAUUCUCUCGAAUCCUCACCGGUCUGCUCCAAGGUGUCUACUUUCCAGCCCUGACCAGUCUGCUGUCCCAGAAAGUGCAGGAGAGCGAGAGAGCCUUUACCUACAGCACUGUAGGUGCUGGCUCCCAGGUCGGGACCCUGGUGACUGGGGGCGUAGGCUCCAUGCUCCUGGACCAGUGUGGCUGGCAGAGUGUCUUCUACUUCUCAGGUGGCCUCACCUUGCUCUGGGUGUACUAUGUGUACAGGUACCUGCUGAAUGAGAAAGACCUUGUCCUGGCCCUGGGUGUCCUAGCACAAGGUCUACCUGUGACCAAGCCCUCCAAAGUGCCCUGGAGACAACUCUUCUGGAAGGCCUCUGUCUGGGCGGCAAUCUGCUCCCAGUUAUGCUCCGCUUGCUCCUUCUUCAUUCUACUCUCCUGGCUGCCCACCUUCUUCAAAGAGACCUUCCCCAACUCCAAGGGCUGGGUCUUCAAUGUAGUCCCCUGGCUGCUGGCAAUUCCUGCCAGUCUAUUCAGCGGGUUCAUCUCCGACCACCUUAUCAGUCAGGGUUACAGAGUCAUCACGGUGCGUAAGUUCAUGCAGGUCAUGGGCCUUGGUCUGUCAAGCAUUUUUGCCCUGUGUCUGGGUCACACCACAAGCUUCCUCAACGCUAUGAUCUUCGCAUCAGCUUCCAUUGGCUUCCAGACCUUCAACCACAGUGGUAUUUCAGUCAACAUUCAGGACCUGGCCCCAUCCUGUGCUGGCUUCCUGUUUGGUGUAGCCAACACUGCAGGGGCCUUAGCAGGUGUGGUAGGCGUGUGUCUGAGUGGCUACCUGAUCGAGACCACUGGCUCCUGGACCUGUGUGUUCCACCUGGUAGCCAUCAUCAGCAACCUGGGGCUGGGCACCUUUCUGGUGUUUGGGAAGGCGCAGAGGGUGGACCUGGCCCCCACUCAUGAGGACCUCUAACUCCUUGACGAUCCAGUCUCACCCAGGACCUGAUGUCAGUAGCCUGAGGAUAACAGCUCUGUCACUGAAACUCUGAAUCUCCACCUUAGACAAAUGAGCAGACAGCAAGACCACAGUCUCCUGGGGAGGCCUGCAUACACACAGGUCGCAUCAGGGGAGGGUCAUGAUUGCCAGUCCUGCCCUCUCUCAGGCUCAGUGGGACUGCCGCUGUUAUGGAUGGAAGCCACAUUGCUGAUGGAAUGUCUCCCCGGCCACAGUCAGUGAGGGUUGUUUCUCUGAUAAGACUUCUAUGUUAAGGAUGCUCUGUGUGCUGGUAGAUGUUCAGGAGUGGCUCUGACCCCUGACCUACUCCGGGCACCUUCCUACCUCCAUCUCUCCAACAACGAUAACCUAAGAUGUCUAUAGACAUUAGACCAUGUCUCCGUAAGACAGGCCCACUAGGAACACCAUUAGAACCGUAGAGAAGCCAUGGUUUCUACUUCUCUCCAGGAGUCAGGCUGCCACUCCUGCUGGGCCAGUGUGCAGUAGGCCAGAGGUCCUUGCAGACCCCGGUUCCCUCCCGCCCUGUGGAUCUCUCAGCACUACUGUUGUGUCCUGGGUUGGCAGGUGCCUGGCAGUCCAGACAUCACAGACCCCAGAACGAGGUGGACUCCCUCCCCCACUUCUGGCCUUGUUUUUCUACCUCCCCCCUUAUUCCUUGUAGAGCUUGUGGUUUCAUGAGCUGAUAAUGAAUUCUCCAAGAUGCUUAUUAGAUUUUCUUUAUAGAUGUGGUGAGUCUCGCCAGAGCCUUAUUUAAGUGCAAACUAUUAAAACUAUUUAAAGU